AGUUUAGGUUUAGGUUUAGGUUUAGGUUUAGGUUAAGUUUCGCAGACCGCGCCUUCCUCCGGGGUUAGAAGGCUGCCCGGAGUUGCAAAGGAGCUGCGAUGGCCGGAGAAGCCGCCUCGGAGCCAGAGGCGCCCGCUUUCCAGUUGACGGUGAUGAAUCAGGAGUUUCCCUUCCUUCUAUGUGACAGAUGCCACAGAGAGGUGGCCUGCCCCAAACUCCUGCCCUGCCUUCACAAUCUCUGCUCCCAGUGCCUGGAAGAAAAUGAAGAGGCCGAUCUCUGUGUCAUCUGCGGGACGCCAUACUUCCACCUGGCAGAGAGCCCCGAGAAACUGGACAACGUUUUCUUCGCCAACCUCCAAAACAAACUCGGCCUCUACCAGAAGGUCACUAGGAGCAAAGAUUUGGUUUGCGACAGCUGUAGGGAAGGGGCCAAGUUUUGGUGUUCUAUCUGCCAGGACUUCCUCUGCCUCUCGUGCUUCCAAAGCCACCAGAAAUACCUGAAGCACCAUAGUCCCGAAAUAGUCCCGCUGAAGGAAUUCCAGACAGAAUCUUGCAAAGGCUUCCUCUCAACCAUCAGAAAACCCAUGUUUUGUUCCAAGGCGGGGCACAAUACCCAAAAGCUAAGCCUCUACUGCAGGCAGUGCAGUCAAUCCAUGUGUGCUAUUUGCGCCGUACUGGACAUCAAGCACAUGGGUCAACAUUGCGACAUCAGCCAGGAAAUCCAGUCCAGGCAGAGCGAAUUGCAGAACAUGAGCGCGGAGCUGAUGGAGAAGAAGAACGUCUACGACAAGACCUCCAGCGACCUUGAGGAUCUGGUGGAAAACAUGGAGCAGAUGAAGAAUGAGACACAAAAGCUGAUCCAGCAGAAGAUAGAGGAGAUGAUCCAGAUGUUGCGAGCCAACAUCUUAGCAGAGGUAGAGGCCCAUCAUAACCACCAGGUCCAAGACGUGAAGAAGAAGCUGCAGGAGAUGGAGGGCGUGGUCCAGAGAAUCACAUCCAGCCAGAGGUUGGUGGAGAAGUUGCAUCUCUAUGCUUCUGGCCAGGAGGUGUUGGAGAUGCAUCCUUUUCUGAAAAAGUGCAUGAUGGAGCUCAGAAGGAAGCAGCCCUCUACGGUAAAAGGAAUCAAAGUGAGGAACUUCCUAGAUAUCAAGAGCCAACUCCAAAAUUUGCUUAAAAGAAUGACAAAAGACAAGGAAGCUGUUCCCGCUAAACCCCAAACUAAGCCUAAGGAGGACAUUUUUGGAAGAUUAUUGGUAAAAAGGGGCCGCACUGACCGGGAAACGAACACCGAGCACCAUCCCAAAAUGGUCAAAAUUGUGCCGUUAAAUGAUGAGGAACCAGGGACCAGUUAUGGAGCCACUGGAGGUUCUUACGUCCCAGCAACUCAAGAAGGCCUCAGACAAUCCCUUGAUGACACUCUACAGAUUGCUCAUAACUAUUUACAUUCAUCUGAUCAAGGUAGUGUUACAUUCAGGACACCUCAUCUUGAAAUUUCAAGAGACCCUUAUAAUCCAGAAGAAAAAUCCACCGAUGAUGAUGAUGAUGAAGAUGAUGAAGCUGAGAUCUUGAUCCUUCCCCUGGACAUCAACCUUACAUCACCCAGUGACCAGAAAAGUCCUGUGAAGUAUCCAUUAUGCCAAACGGAAGAUGUCAGCUCACAGUCCAAGAUCAUAUUCUUUGACCUCAAGUCUCUGUCAGGAAAUAAACUUCACCUGGUUGCCCUCGGAGAGGACGCCAACAUUUUCAAUUUCACGAUUUCCUGCCUGGAGACCGCAAGGGACAGAGUCUUUGAGUACGGCAUGGAUGGGUUCCUAAAGUAUCUCAGCAGCCUCCAGAGGCCCAUUUUGGUGGGAUUCAACCUAUGGUCCAUGGACCUCCCUGCCCUGCUUGAUGCCCUUCAGAAGAUCAACAAAGAAGAGCAGUUCAAGGCAUCCAUCCAAGGUUUCUUGGAUGCUUUGCCCCUCAUCAGAGAGAAGUUCCCAGAUAUGUCUAAUUAUUCACUGAAGAAUCUGGACAAGAUAUAUCUGAGGGGACAGUUGGACAGCACCAAGGCGGGUGACUGCGCCAAGACUCUCAAGGACCUCUGUAGCAACUUGGUAAUUAACAACCUGUUCCAGAGAAGGCCUCUCAUCGCCUGCUCCAGCUUCAAAUGUUACGCCUCACUUCAGCCUCUCCUGUGUGAGAAAGUCCUCUCCAUGCCCUCGGUGCAGACUUUGGCCCUGCAAAAUAUCUCCCUUCUCACCCUUCAGUCCGUCUAUCAAAGCGAUCCCAAGAACGGGCUGAAGAACCUCUGCAGGCACUUGAACACCACGCUGCGGAUCGGGGAGAAAAAAAUUCAACAGUUGAGCAAGAUCCGCAAGUAUUUCGAAAACCUCCCAUCGUCCUCUCACAGUUCUUCCCUUCCAGAGAUUCAUUAAGGAACACGCUUCGUUACUGUGGGGUUAAAAUGUCCUGACCGAGGCCUCCCGAGAUCAUGAAGCCGACUGUCAGCCUCUGUUUUGCUGCUUGCUUUUCGGCUGCCAUUGAAACGGGGAGGGAGGGCAUGGUAUUUGGGUGGGGGAAAUAAUCUGUAUGGGAGGACUGCUAAUUGGGAGUUGUUAUCAUGGUUUGCGCAUGUGGAAGGAGGGGAGUUUCCCGCCAAGGCCAACUGUCCAGCAUUCCAACCUGAUGAUGAUGUUUGA